UAGAGUGGAUUUUUGUGACAGGGCACAAUCUCUGCUUUUCAUCACCCAAGAUAAAAUAAAUACAUAAAAAGAGAAAAUGUCUCCUGGGAUUUCCAGCUGUCAGUUUCAGGAUGUGCCUCCUUCCAUCUCCUUCUCCGGGUCUGGAUUCAUGGCCACCUACCAGUUAGGGGUGGCUCAGUGUCUACAGAAUCAUGCACCCUGGAUCUUACACGCAGCACCCUUUGUCCUAGGUGCAUCUGCCGGGUCUCUGGUAGCUGCUGCUGUGGUCUGUGACAUGAGCCUCACUCAAGUUCGGGAUGAGAUGCUGUAUUUUGCUAAACAGAUGAAGGCCUUCACGUUUGGACCCUUAAACCCCUCCAUCAAUGUUUUCCACUGGUUAGAGGGUAUUCUUCGGAAAUACCUUCCGUCCAAUGCUCACCAACUGGCCAAUGGUCGCCUUCUUGUGGCCAUGACUCGGAUGACUGACGGCAAAAAUGCUAUCAUGUCUGAGUUCCAGUCCAAAGAGGAUGUGAUUCAGGCUCUGCUAUGUAGCUGCUUCGUGCCUGGGUACUGUGGUAUGCAGCCCCCAUCCUUCAAAGGAGUUCAUUAUGCGGAUGGGGGUUUCACCAGUAUGCAGCCAAUACUGACCAACCUCUGCAGCCACACCUUGACGGUAUGUCCAUUCUCUGGCGAGAUUGACAUCUGUCCACGGGAUGCAGCUUCGAAGUUGGACAUGGUAGUGAGUGGAAUGGCCUUGAAGGCGAACAUGGCCAAUGGUCUCAGGAUCAUCAACGCUCUCUACCCCAUGGCUUUAGAGACUCUGGAACAGGCCUACCACAGCGGUUACAAAGAUGCCAUUCAUUUCCUCCAGAACAGCGACCUUGCCUUCCAUUUGAUGAUGCAGAAGAUGCCCAAAGGGCCGCAGAACUAUUCUGUGUCUAAAAAAUGGAUAGAGUUAGACGCCACUCUAGAGGAAGAUGAAGAGGAAGAGAUGAAGGAGGAAGAGGAAACCACCGUCUUGACAGCUUUCGCAGACAGCAAAUGCAUGCAAACAGACAGGCCUAUUGAAGAUCUAUCAGCUUUAAAGAUGGAUCAACCCACAACCACAGAGCCACUUCCCCAUGCUGACGUGAUACAGAACGGUCUACUCUUCAACCUGUUCAGCUAUCUCAGCAUGUUUGGCUUCCCUGUCAGAUUCCUGUCCUUCCUGCUCCUACCUCUCACCCUGCUGCUGGCCUUCAUCCUCCACAACAUGCACAGAUUUAAGUCGUGGCUGGUUGAGGGUCCAAUGUUGCUUUUCUGGGCGUGGCACAGCCUGAAACAGUUCACCUUCUUCUUCACCUACAUUGUCUUCUACAGCAUCAAAAAGAACGUGAUGGAGAGGUUGAUGCCUGUGGUCGUGCUGCUGCAGUGGCUGAAUGUCCAGGCAGAAUAUGAGGGUGCAGGAGAGAGCUCAAAAGGCCAGUGGUACUCCACACUUCGCCUUCUGUUCUCCUCUUCUCCCCACUCUCCUUCCUGCCAAUCGCUAUCCUCUGAAGACCCCAGCAAGUUAAACCUCUUAUUGCAUCUGGAUCACAAAGAGGAAGGUGGCGUACGCAGACGGUUUCCGCGAUAUGACUCCAUCAUGGGAUAA